UUUUUUUCUACUUCACAAAGCCAGCGUGCAUGAUGAUAAGAGACUGAGUUAUUUCUAAUAAACCAAACAGAAGCAAGAUGAGUGAAAAAGUACGUCUGAUUUCAAAAGAAGAUGACGUUCAUCCAGCAGAGGGAAAACCAUCUGCUGCACUUAAACGAAUAAAACAAACAUCGCUGAAACUCUCUCACAUACACCAGAAAGCAGAGGCUCAUGAGAAGACAGAGAAAACGACAGAGGAAGACACCACAAGAUCAACUACACCUGAUCUGCGAAUCAUUCUUCUGGGUAAAACUGGAUCAGGAAAGAGCUCAACAGGAAACACUAUACUGGAUAACAAAUAUUUUAAGGCAGACUUUUCAGCAGUUUCAGUGACUAAAACCUGUGAGAGUGGAAAGCUAAAGAUCGGAGAGCGGAUCAUCUCAGUCGUCGACACUCCGGGUUUGUUCGAUACGACGAUGAGCAAACAGAAGAUGAAGGAUGAAAUCGUGAAGUGCGUCUAUAAGUGUCUCCCGGGUCCACACGUGUUUCUGCUGGUGGCCAGACUGGGCGUGAGAUUCACAGAUGAAGAGAAGAGCGCGGUGAAGUGGAUUCAGGAGAACUUUGGAGAAAAAGCUCCUCGUCACACUAUUGUUCUGUUCACUCAUGCCGAUCAGCUCAAGAGGAAAACAUUAGCUGCGUAUAUUAGAGAAAGUGACGAACUCCAGGCUCUUGUUGACGAGUGUGGAGGCAGAUUUCACUCAUUCCAUAAUGAAGAUACAAGUGAUCGAACACAGGUCAACAAACUGAUGGAGAAGAUUGAGAAGUUGGUGCAGGAGAAUGGAGGUCAAUAUUAUACAGAUGAGAUGUUUCAGGAAGCGCAGAGAAAAAUACUCAACAGAGAACAGUUUUGGUCUGGAAAACCAAGGAUCGUACUGCUGGGUAAAACUGGAUCAGGAAAGACCAGUGUUCUGGAAACCAUUGUAAACAAGGAGUGUUUUGAGUGGAAAAAUCCCCCAAACACAGAAACCAGUGAGCUCCAUGAAGCACACGUGUGUGGAAAGAGCAUCACCAUAAUCGACACUCCAGGGCUGACUGAUGCCUCUCAGAAGAAGAGGAAAGAGGAAAUCCAGAAGUUGGUCAUCAUGUCAGCUCCAGGUCCUCAUGUGUUCCUGCUGGUCAUCAAAGUCAAUUCAAGAUUCACAGAGGAAGAGAAAAACCUCAUGAACUGGCUUCUGGAGAACAUCGGAGAAGAUGCUGCACAUUACUCCAUCAUUCUGUUCACUCAUGUGGAUUUGGAGAAAUUGAUCAGCAAAAAUAAUGAAGACAGUCCUGAUUUUGAUGCGUUUGCGGGGAGUUUUAGUAGCAGAUAUCACUCAUUUAAUAAUCAAGACUCUGAGAACUGUACUCAGGUAAGCGCACUACUGGAGAAGAUCGAGAAAACGGCAGAGGGAAACAGAUGGCAGUACUACACGAAUGAGAAGUUUCAGAAAAUAAUAGAGAGAGAUGUGUAUUUGGAGAAGGUCAAGGAAACUCUGCAUAAAGUAGCACUGGGAGUGGGGCCGGUGGGAGCAGCGGCGAUGGUGACCGGAGGUGUGGUUCUGGGUGUGACUGAGCUGGUGCUAGCCCCAGCGAUACUGCUAGCUGGUGGGGGUCUGUUUAUAGCUGGAGCAGCUGGAUUGUACUUGGGGAAAAAACUGAUCAAAAAAUGACCCGGAUACUUUUAAACCAGGGGGGCUUUCAGUUAAAUGGAGGGAGAUCUACCUGUUCCUGGAGAUCUACCUUCCUGCAGAGUUCAGCUCCAUCCCUGAUCAAACACACCUGAACUAAUAAAUUAGGACCUGAACAGCACUUGAUGUGAAGAAUUGAUGCUAAACAUCCAACGACAACACAUACACUUCAUUGAACAUGUACUCAUAGACAUCACCUACAUACUAUGUGCCGAGGCUCAAGGUGUAAUGGAUCAUGGUUGAUCUAUUAUUCGUACAGAUCGCAACCCACAUUUCAGAACAUGUGUUUUUAUUUAUUUGUUCAUUAAUCUUAUAUUUUUAAUGACAGCAUAAAGAUCACCUCUCACGUCAUUCAAAUCCCAUGUAUGAAAGCAUUUAGGAUUUCCUGUCAAAUUUGAUGACGGAAAAAGUUGUGGUGGGUUACUCGGGAUGUGGUGGGUUUCUUAGGUUAUUAAAGCUGUUUUCUGUCAAUACUUGUUUAGCAUGCAUUAAUGCAUUCAGUGUAAGCUGCACAAUUAAUCAUUAAAAGAUCGGGAUCUCAACACCCACGCAACAUCAACUAUAAAUGAUGGUGAUUUGCAUGUUUAUUAAUCCUAAGAGAGUCAGUCUUUAGACUUUUGAGUUAGUUAUGAAGUUACAAGCAGUCAAAUAACACAGAAGUGCUGGGAUAAAAGUUUAUAUUUAAGGUAAAACCACUGAUGUUGAUGGUAAAGAUUAAAAUCACUGUCAUGUGCAUUUAACGACGCUCAAAAAUGAAAGGUGUAGGCAGCAAUUACAUUAGUUAACCAAUAGGUAG